AUGCGGCUAUUUCUCCUUCUAUUCGCCUUCUUACGCCUUUUUCUCACGGCUGCGCUAGCUCAGGACCAGAGUCAAUCCCGGCAGCUGCCCGCUAACCUCCAGGUCGACCUCGUCUUCCCGCGCGCAAACGAGACGUACUCGCCGACGCAAUGGUUUCCCAUAGUCUUCGAUGUGACGAAUCUCGAUGCCGUCUGGCCUCUGGACCUGUAUGUGGACAUUGAGAUCUAUAGCAUGGCCUGGAGAAUCAAUGGCACCGGCUCCUCCUCGUGGCAGGACGUCGCCCCGCGUAUCGACCGCGCCCUCCUGCAAGAAACCUUCAACUCUACCGCGCCCGGUCGGCACUUCUUUCACACUUCCAUCGUGAAUAUGACCAACGCCACCACAGACCAGUAUGUGGUCCGCUGGGCGCUUAACCUCGGGCCCCGCUGCUUCGACCACGGCACUAUCGACGAGAAGGGCUGGUCCAGUGGGCCUAAGAGUGGCGGUAACCGCGUCAUCGUGUUUAACACUUCGCCUAACGGCCAACUACCCGAUAUCGAGGCCACUAUGGACGCCUGCCCAGUCUCCAACGACGAGAACUCGGUCGCUGUGCGGGUCACCGAUGCCAAGUAUCCCAGCGAGCUGCUAGAUGAGGACGGGCGUCAGGAGAUGUGCCCGGUGUUUACCACGGGGAUCCAACCAGAGACCUGCAUCUACAAGCCCCUCGCCAGCGAGCUGGCCGCGAACGUGUCGGCCAAGAUUCUUGAUCAAAUGGGAUGUCAAGAGGGAACGUGGCAGACCAUCACGGCGCCCUGUCAGAAGAAGGAAAGCAAAGCCUCGUCUCUGAGGCUGGGUUCUACUAUGAUCUGGGCUCUGCUGGUCCUUGUUUUGGCCGAAUGUAACACCGUGGCGUAG